AUGUCCGGGAUCACUGGGAAUUUGGAUUGCGAGGAUUGUUUAUCUGCUGCACACGUGGCCAACGGCACUCAUUUGCGCUCCACUUCGGAUGAGGACGAUGAACUUCUGAGAUACAUCUGGAGAGAGUACCUACACCCCAAGCAGUAUGAAUGGGUUCUCAUUGUGGCUUACAUUGUCGUGUUCUUCGUCUCACUCACUGGAAACUCGCUCGUUUGUUUUGCAGUGUGGAAAAACCAUCACAUGCGCACCGUGACCAACUAUUUCAUAGUGAAUCUCUCCUUUGCUGAUUUCUUGGUCACCAUCAUCUGCCUGCCUGUGAGUCUCGUGGUAGACAUCACGGAGACGUGGUUCUUUGGAAACACCCUUUGCAAAGUUGUGCCGUAUCUGCAGACCAUUUCCGUUUCUGUGUCAGUCCUAACUCUGAGUUGCAUUGCCCAAGACCGUUGGUACGCUAUCUGCCACCCGCUGAUGUUCAAGAGCACAGCCAAGAGGGCUCGCAAGAGUAUUGUUGUCAUCUGGGUUGUGUCGUGCAUCAUCAUGAUCCCGCAGGCUAUUGUGAUGGAGUGCAGUAGCCUUCUGCCUGAACUCAAAAACAAGACCAGCCUAUUCACAGUGUGUGAUGAACAUUGGGGAGCUGAGAUCUACCCAAAGGUGUAUCACACCUGUUUCUUCAUUGUCACCUACUUUGCACCAUUAUGUCUCAUGGUCCUGGCGUAUAUCCAGAUAUGUCACAAGCUGUGGUGUCAACAGAUUCCUGGAAGCACGUCAGUGUUGCAGAGGAAGUGGAGGUCCAUCCAGUGCUCAGCUCCGACUCCAGGCCUGGCAGAGUCUGUCAGGAUCAGGACCACACUUUGUGCUGAGAUCAAACAGGUCCGGGCCCGACGCAAAACAGCUUGCAUGCUGAUGGUGGUGCUCUUUGUUUUCGCCCUGUGCUACCUGCCAAUCAGUGUGCUCAAUGUCAUGAAAAGAGUCUUUGGGACUUUCAAGAACACAAAUGACAGGGAAACAGUGUAUGCAUGGUUCACUUUCUCACAUUGGCUCAUAUAUGCCAACAGUGCAGCAAAUCCCAUCAUCUACAAUUUCCUCAGCGGGAAGUUCCGCGGGGAGUUCAAAGCAGCCUUUUCUUGCCCCUGUUACGGCCAAAACCCAAAUCAAACAAAGAGGAUAAGGACCAGAUCGGGCACAGACAGCCGAAAAUCUCUGUCAACUCAAGUUAACAACAUGGACAAUGUGUCGAGCCUAUCAGAUCAGGUAGUGUAA